UGAAGGAAAUACUAAAGGAAAGUUUCGACUAUAGCGAUAAGAAGACACUGUUUGCGUUUGAGGGCAUGCCCCGUGGGCUAAAGUCAGGAGACCGAGAGACAUGGCUAUCUUUUUUGCGGGACAUGAGCGGAAUGUAUAUUCAUCCAGUUGGUUUCGAAGUGUUGAUUAACCACCAAAGCCUCGACCCAUCCCAGUGGCAAUUAAAGAAAUUGCUUUACAAUGGUCAAUACUUUAACACUAUUGACGAAUUGAAAGAAUCGUACAAUAAUGGCACUCUAACCAAAAUCGUUUACAAGGACAUUUUAAACUAUGCCUCCUUAAAACCUCGAAAAAAGCCGACAGGUCUUGGCCCCCAGCAAGCUUAUCAUCAAGGUCAACGCUUCAGUGUUAAGGGUAACCAGGUUAUGUACAUGGAGUGGAGUUUUGCGUUUGGACUGAGCUCUCUCACCGGCAUGCGGGCGUUUGAUAUUAAAUUCAAAGGAGAGAGAAUUGCAUAUGAACUUAGUGUACAAGAGGCGAUGUCUGUCUACGGCUCAGUAACCCCUGGCAUGAUUCUCACCAAGUUCCUCGACUCCAGUAGUGGCAUCGGUCGCUUCGCGUAUGAGCUGGUGCGUGGAGUGGACUGUCCGUAUGGGGCUAACGUAGACACUUACCGUUAUAUAGACACGAAUCAGACACAUCGGUUCAGAAAUUCAAUCUGUGUUUUCGAGCACGAUAUAGGCAGGCCAUUACGCAGGCACUUCUCUGACUUUUUUCACAACAAAUAUGGAGGGCUGGCAAACAGUGCUUUGAUUAACAGAUCCAUCACUGCAAUCGGGAACUACGACUAUGUCUGGGAUUUCAUCUUUUACCAGAGCGGGUCUGUGGAAGCCAGAGUGCAUGCCACUGGUUACAUAUCAUCGUCUUUCAUCAUUGACGGUAGUUUGCGUCAUGGCCACCAGGUCGCAGAAAAUACCCUGGGAAAUGUCCAUACUCACUUCAUUAACUUCAAAGUUGACCUAGAUAUUCUGGGUGUGAAGAACGUCUUCCAGACCAAAGACAUGACCUAUGAAGAGAUGGACCUGCCCUGGACCUCGGAGCGGAAGGCCAAGAUCCCCGUGCUGGUGGAAAAGCAGCUGACUACAGAGCAGGAUGCUGCUCUGUAUCACGGCAAACCCAUGCCUCGCUCCCUGCAUGUGGCCAGCAACCAGCUAAACAAGUGGGGACACCAGCGCUCCUACAAGAUCCAGGUGAUCAGUUUUGCGGCAGAGCACCUGCCUGAGAGCGAGCCAGAGGAACGCUCCAUGUCCUGGGCCAGGUACAAGGUGGCCAUCACUAAGCACAAAGAUGAAGAGCAGACCAGUAGUAGUCUCUAUAGCCAGGAUGAUAUGUGGUCACCUGCAGUAGACUUCAGCAAAUUCAUUGCUGAUGAUGAGUCGAUUGUGAAUGAGGAUCUCGUUGCUUGGGUGACUGCAGGCUUCCUGCACAUUCCACAUGCAGAGGAUAUUCCAAACACAGUCACCAUUGGCAAUGGUGGUGGUGUCAUUCUGAGACCACACAACUAUUUUGAUGAGGACCCAUCCAUUCACUCACCUGAUGGGGUGUUCUUUGAACCAGGGUCUGAGAACAGCUGUGAGUACAACAAGAUGGCCUGCCUGAAGGAUGACCAAUGCACACCCACACUGGACCCAUUCACUUAUCAUGGACUACAGGGUUGUUCACACCAGGAUUGAUAACUACAAAGAUAACUAUACUGUAGCUAUAACGAUAUGAGCAAUUUAUUCUCCUUUUCUUUGUGUGUGUGUGUGUGUGUG